AUGGACGACCUAGAGGAAGUACCGUUUGAAGAAUUUGAGAACUACUCCUAUGACAUGGAAUAUUACCUUCCGGAGUCAGAGUUGGAGGAGAAAGUCCACUUGGGAGCUGUUCACUGGGUCUCUGUGGGGCUAUACUGUUUAGCAUUUGUUCUGGGUGUUCCAGGUAAUGCCAUUGUCAUUUGGUUCACGGCGUUCAAGUGGAAGAAGACAGUCGCCACUCUCUGGUUUCUCAACCUGGCCAUCGCAGACUUCAUCUUUGUUCUCUUUCUGCCCCUCUACAUCUCCUACGUGGCCUUGAAUUUCCACUGGCCCUUUGGCAUCUGGUUGUGUAAGGCCAAUUCCUUCAUUGCUCAGCUGAACAUGUUUGCCAGUGUUUUCUUCCUAACAGUGAUCAGCCUAGACCGCUACGUCCGCUUGAUCCAUCCUGUCGUGUCUCACCGACACCGAACCCUGAAGAACUCCCUGAUUGUUAUCAUAUUAGUGUGGCUUUUGGCUUCUCUGAUGGGUGGCCCUGCCCUAUACUUCCGGGACACUGUGGAGUUCAAUAACCACACAGUUUGCUUUAACAAUUUCCAUGAGAAUGAUCCUGACCUCAGACUGAUGAGGCACCGUGUGCUGACUUGGGUGAAAUUUAUUGUUGGGUACCUCUUCCCUUUGAUAACAAUGAGCAUUUGCUACUCGUGUCUCCUCUUUCAGGUGAAAAAGCUAAGCAUUGUGAUCUCCAGUAAGCAUUUCUGGACAGUCCUGGCUGUGGUCAUAGCCUUUUUAAUUUGCUGGACUCCUUAUCACCUGUUUAGCAUUUGGGAACUCACGAUUCACCACAAUAGCUACUUCACCCAGAUGCUGCAGGUUGGAAUCCCCGUCUCCACUGGUUUGGCAUUCCUUAAUAGUUGCUUGAACCCCAUCCUUUAUGUCCUAAUUAGCAAGAAGUUCCAAGUUCGUUUCCGUGCUUCAGUUGCUGAGAUACUGAAGUAUACACUGUGGGAAGUUAGCUGUUCUGGCACAGUGAGUGAACAGCUCAGGCACUCUGAAAACAAGAACCUGUGUCUCAUGGAAACAGCCCAAUGA